AUGGCCGACUUACAGUCCCCGGCCUCCAUGGCCCACCAAUCCCCAGCACCGUCCUUUAGAUCCAGAUCUCGAGCUCCAUCCAAUGGAAGAUCAAGAUCGAGACCGUCUUUGCGCCGGGAUUCCUCCCCGCCAUCUUCCCCUCCAACUGGCCUCCCAACGCCCGCAUUCUCCCCCGAUGGACAAACAGACGAAGAUGAUAUCAUCGAGGAUACCUUAUCACCUUUUGACCCACGCAGAAUCACGCCCACUCUCCAUGCAUCUCUCGUUUCGGAGAUUCUCUCGCUGCGGCGAGAGAUAGAGAACAAAACCAAGUCGAUCGAUGUAUUGGAAAACAGUUUGGACGAAUCAAGAACGGAAAAUGAAACAUUGACCGCGAGUCUCUCUAAAGCGACCUGGGAAGGGCGCUCGUUGAAACACCAAAUCCAACUACUGGAAGGCGGGACGUCAUCUGCGAUGACCGAGCUAGCUCGGGAGCGGGAUGAAGCGGUGGAGAGCAUCGGCGAUGUUCGUAAAAAGCUCGAGCAGGCACAGAAGAAAGUUCGAAGUCGGGAGGAGAACCUCGAACGAACCCAAUUACUAUGGAGUCGCGACCAAGACUCCUGGGCGGAUGAACGCCGAGCCCUAGAACGCAAGGUUCACGUAGUCGAGGGCCGCUUGAAGACAGUUCUGAACGAGGUGGCAGCUGCCCAAGAGGUGGCGACUAUACAUUCGUCACUACCGAGUGAGAAUGGUGACCUUGUUCAUGACAAGAAUAAAGAAAGCGACUCGGUCAGCGUGGCAUCUAGUAGCCUAAGCCACCGACGCACAAGCGUCACUAGCAUGAGCUCGGAAGAUGAAGAGGCGGUCAUAUUCCAUAGCAUGCGGUAUUCGGUUAUGAGCAUUGCGCCUGGCGUCAGGAAUGGUUCAGGCCUGAACCUGGCGGAGGAACUCAACUUUGAUGACGAGGAUGAGUUUGUUCCAUCUGACGAUGAACUCCCCGUCUCUCCAGAGGCCCUCCCCGAAGAACGUCCAAUGUCGGUUCACUCACAGGGGUCGCAUAGUAUUUCUUCCAAGGCCAGAAGGAUUCUGGGUCUGUCCCUUCAGAGCUCGGACUCACACUCACCCACUGCCAUGGAGUUCCGUGGAUCCCGGGAACUUGGGCUUGCUAACUCGGUGAAAGUCGACUCGGCGGUCGAAUACCGCGACAUCGGCGUUCAGUACUCGCCUCCUCCGUCGCCUACAAUGGAAGCGAAGGUUGUAGACGAAAUUGUUCCUGAGUCCACGAAUAUAGCUUCAGAGCCCGAGAAAGGAGAGGACAACAACGCAAACAUACCUGAAACCAAGGGCAGCGCCACGCUCCCAGCUACACCUCUGAUGGUUUCUACUUCUUGCCAAACAGUGGAUGAUCUUCCAAGUCCUCCAUGGACGCCCAACGUGGCUGAGCCGCCUCAUCCUGUUAAAUCCACCUCAGAGCCGGUGCAAAUGGUAUCGACAUCCACCCAGACGGAUGUCCAUCCGGAAACAGAUGUGCAAAGCGAGAAUCGUCUCAGCUUGAUACCGGAUAAUGACCUAUCCAAGAUGGACAUUCCGAUGAUUGCCAUCCACCCACCAGGCUCAGAGCCACCAUCACCUCGAAACAGUGUCGUUCUUCCGCCGCAAACCAAGAAUAUUGCUUGUCAGGCUAACUUCCGAGAAAAAAUCGAUUGUCGCUCGGUCGCUAUCCAAACCGAAGAGAUCCGUAUCGACCAACGCCCUGUCAAGCUUCCCGCCAGUCUUCUCCCUUCUGCUAUUCAAGAUGUACUACCUCGCUCCGAACCCCAUGAGCCUAGUCUUGAGUCUUACACCGUGCCCCCGCUUCCGCCGCGGUCUGAAAAACGAAACCAGAGACGCCUAAUAACAGACCAUCCGGUUGGUCGUCCGGUGAAACCUCCUAGAGCACCCGGCCCAGAUCAUGUGCAGGCCUACCCUGGUAACAAUGACAAUGGUCCGCUCUCAGAUGGUGCUUUGUCCAAUAUUCGACGACCUCUACGAUCUAGCAGUCUCUUCGCCGGCUUUGAACACAAUAGCGACGAUGAAGGCCCCCAUAGCGAACGUGAUGUCUUCACCGACGAUGAGCUCCUCAACCGCCCAUUUGCUGCAUAUACUGUUAGUCGUGGCAAGCUCAUCACCACUAAAUCACGACCUAGCUUGGACGACAUGGCGCUUCCCGAAGUUGCCGAGCAGCUGUCCUCCCCCGAGUCAAAACCACCCGAUAUUAGCCGCUCUCGGGCUUCCCAACGGUCUGGCACGGCCUCCUCGAGUAUCCGCCAGCCCGGCAUGCGCAAAAUGGCCAUGAUCUCUAGCGGAACCGCCGCACACCAGAAGCCUCGUGCCCGUAGCCCCAGCGAACCAAGCCUCGAGAGCGGCAGUGCAGGCUCAAGCAUUGCACCGCCAUUCCCCGUGCCCAUGCGUCUAAGCUCACGCAAACUCCCGCUCAACGGCAGCGACGGACCACCAAGCCCUACUCGGUCAUCUGGCAGACAGUUCUCAGACCGCGGUCGGCAACCUGUCGUCCGGCGCCCAACCAUCCGCCGGGUACGAUCCGCUGCAGCAACAUCGCAGUCCGAACUUACCGAGAGGCCAGAAACUCGCUCUUCCCCAUCACGAUCGAUCUCUACCUUUUCCCCAGAAAGCCCAACAUACCGACCAUACCGACCGCCGCCGCCGAUGCCCUGUGAUGAGAUCACAGCGCCUCGUGAGCGAUACGGAGCCCCGCAUCGUGCGACUCCAUCUCAAACUUGGAAUCGUGACCAGCGUGAAAGAAAAGAUUCCACCGGCGGCGUGCAGCCAACCAGUGUCGUUGAUGCUAUUGCUCAGACUAUGGUUGGCGAGUGGAUGUUUAAAUACGUCCGUCGGCGCAAAUCAUUCGGGAUGGGCGAGUCUAAGGAGAUUUGGGAGGGCAAAAACCCCGACGAUGUGUCGGCGAAUAUCACGAACAGUGGUGUGCGACAUAAGCGAUGGGUUUGGCUCGCCCCUUACGAAGGCUCCAUUAUGUGGAGUAGUAAACAACCUACCAGUGGGCCUGCAUUGCUCGGCAAGAGUGGUCGGAAGUGUAAGUCUUCAAGGAACUCAUUUGACUUGGUUCGACUAGCAGCUAACGUAGAAUCCAUCCUCGUUAUAGUCACCAUCCAAUCCGUCCUGGACGUCAAAGACGACAACCCCCUACCCAAAGGCGCUGGUUUUUCAACUCCAUUCAACCGCUCCAUCCUUGUGUUAACACCACAGCGCGCUCUUAAAUUCACAGCGCUAACUAUCGAACGCCACUAUGUCUGGCUAACGGCGCUAUCCUUCCUCAGCCAUUCCUCAAUGGGCCUCCAAGAACUUGCAGCCCUACCUCCAGUCCCCCAAGAAGAGUCCCCAACCCUGCCUCACGCCUUCCACCGCCGAAACCCAAUCCGCGACUCCAUCCGCGUUGCGAAAGGCCGUCCCCGCCCAAUGCCAAAGGGCAAACGCUCCUUCAACAGCGCUAGCGCCCCAGCCCCAGUCCCAGAAAUCCCAGGCAGCAGCAUCGACCUAGCAGCCGACGCACCGCAUGUGCCCCGUUUCUCAACCCACAACCGCAAGCGCAGCAACACCGCGCCCCGUCCUCCAGCCCUCCACGCUCUCCGCAGCUUCUCCAGCGCCGGCACUAUACCCUCUUCACACAGCGGCACCACAGCCGGCUCCUCAGAGCUCCACUUUCCCGCCAUGCAGCCCUCAGCCCCACCCCCGGGGAUUGGAAGCCGCCGUAGUAGUAUCAGUCGACGCACUUCCGAGGCGAGUGGUCGCGCUCCCAGCGCGGCGGGUAGCAACAUGUUUGAUAUAGGUACUGUGCGUAUGGAGGCUUUCAUCGAUCACCACGCAGAACAGAUCAAUCGCCCCCGUGCUCCUCCACGCCAGCGCCAUACCCGCAAGACUUCUAGUCAGUGGAGUGAGAGGCGGUAUGAGUUUGACACGCCUUCGGUUCAGGGCAGCGAGUUCUCGUAUCGUCCUGAGGAUCCAUGGAGGGGAUUCUAA